AUGUCAACAAACGGAUACACAAAUUGUGUAGAGGGGACAUUCUACGGCUUCACCAACACCGAAAACAACGAAUUUUACCCGGGCGAAUCCUUGAAUCUGCAGUGGGGGUCCAUCGAAGAUGGAGAACUCCCCUUGAAUAUUACUUUGGGCCGACCAGGAGGAGGUUUAGUGGACCAGAUCGUCGUGGAUGCGACCUUCUCCACCACCAGCACCCUGUACCAAAUCGUCUCAAAUACCACCGCAAACUGCACUCUGGAGCAAUAUAGCUGGGCCAUACCUUCCGACUUCAAUACCAGUAGCCCGGAGUAUCAGAUCGGCUUGUUUGAUGGCUCGGCCCUUCGUGGAGAUAAUAAUAAUGGAUGGAGGGCCUGGAGCCCGGAUUUCUAUAUCCGAGAUAAAUCCGACGCGGUCUCAGCAUCGAAGACGGCUUCUGUUAGUGGGUUAUUGACUGCGACCGCGCAAACUAGUCCAACGGCUGCUACAACUUCAUCAUCCACCUCUACCUCCUCCAGCCAUAGCUCCUCAAAUUCAACGGCGAUCGGUGUCGGUGUCGGGGUGGGUGUUGGCGUUGCAGCGCUCAUUGCAUUAGGCCUUUUCUGGUUUCUCUGGCGGAGGCGAAAGUAUAAUGCUUUGAACCAAGAUCAUCAAGAUCAUUCGGAUGUUGCGGAAAUGUCCGGCAGGGAUCGAUCUGAGCUUCCGGGGGCUAUACCGAUGACGGACAGGAAAACAACGGAACUGCCUGCUCAAGACCAUGUGGUGGCAUACGAAGCUCAGGAAUUGGAAAGUGGACCAGGUGGACAUGGAGGCGCAAAGGUGAAGCCUAUACAUGAGAUGGAGUAA